CAUUUCUAAAUUCUGAAUUUCGUUCGAAAAACACUAGUGAUAUUACUUUAAAAUAGAAAAAAGACAUUGAAAGCAAAUCAUUCAACCGUGUCUUGAUGUUAGAUAAAAUUGAUGCUAUGACUCUCUGUGAAUUAUUUUGAUUAAACGGGAGAAAUUGACAGGGUUUGGAUAGAUUCCGAUAAAUUCCAUUGUGAAAAAAAAAAAUGGCUGGAAAUAUUUCUGAACUGAUUAUAGAGACAGUCAAUUUUAAAGACAAUGUGGAUCAUUUAUUUUUAAUCAUCAUGGGAAUGUGCAUUGUUUUUAUGCAAUGUGGGUUUGCCUUCUUAGAGGCUGGUGCAGUGAGAAGCAAAAAUACAACGAACAUUCUCAUCAAGAAUGUAAUGGACUUAUUCAUCUCUGGGGUGUCCUAUUGGUUGUUUGGAUUUGCCUUCGCUUUUGGUGAUGGUGUCGCCGACAAGUUUAUUGGACUGAAGUAUUUUGCUUCUUCUGAUGUUCCACACAGCAAAUACGCCCUGUUUUUCUUUCAGUUUACGUUUGCCGCCACAGCCUCUACAAUUGUUUCCGGUGCAGUAGCGGAGAGAUGCGAGUUUGUGGCAUACUUCGUAUACAGUGUAUUUAUAACAGGUUUCAUUUACCCCGUCGUUACACACUGGGCAUGGUCCUCAGGAGGCUGGCUGACUAUUGGGGAUACAUACUCAGGACUUAACAACGAAAGUGUUGCUUAUCAGGACUUUGCCGGUAGCGGAGUUGUACAUGUCCUCGGUGGAAUCGCGGCUCUUGUGGGGGCUGUAAUGCUGGGUCCCAGAAUCGGCCGAUUUCACCGCAGCUCCAAAACUGUAGCCCCAAUCAGAGGUCACUCCGUACCGAUUGCUGCUUUAGGUGGAUUCAUUCUUUUCUUUGGUUUUUUGGCCUUUAAUGGCGGAUCCCAACUGUCAAUCAGUAACCCUGGUGACGGAGCCGCCGUAUCCAUAGCAGUAGUAAAUACGGUCAUUUCGGGAUCAUGUGCUGCUGUCAUGUCACUCAUUCUCAACCGGCUGCAUAUUUUUGGAAAUACUUGGAGUUUAUUGAUAACCAUCAAUGGUGCUUUGACUGGAAUGGUAGCCAUAUGUGCUGGUUGUAACGUGUAUGAACCUUAUGCCUCAUGCGUGAUCGGACUCAUUUCUGCGAUUGUAUACAGGACCUACUCCGUUAUCUUGCUCAAGAUCGGUGUGGAUGAUCCCCUGGAUGCUGUAGCAGUGCAUUUUGGCGGAGGCAGCUGGGGAGUUAUAGCGGUGGCGUUCUUUGACAAUUCCAACGGAAUUUUCUAUGCGCGGGAUCUCAAAUCUGCUUACAAACUGGGCUGGCAGUUUAUAGGGUUGUUUGCCAUAGCAGGUUGGACAUUGGUGCUUUCGGGGAUUGUGUUUGGAAUUAUGAAAGCACUUGGAUUUCUCCGGGUGAGUCGAGAAGAGGAAGAAAAAGGUUUGGACAUCCCAAAACACAAUGAACCCGCCUAUCCUGUGGAGGCGUACGGGCACGGCCAUAUUGAACGCCUGAUCCAGAUACUGGAGAAUAACCCCACGGUCGUCACACAGGGAUUCACAAAUGUGGCUUAUGAAAAAGAAAUUACAGAUAAAGGACAAUACGAGAAUCCGGAGACACAAAACGUUCUACGUAAUGGGUCUUCCGAAAAGGUGGUUCCAUCAAGAGAAGUGCACCUCAAAACUCCCGCCAAUGGAGUACGCGUCACGGCACCUCAUAGCGAAGUACGCGUCACUGUCAACGACACCAAGCUUUGAAGGUCCCAUCACAAACUUCUCUUAAUUUAUUGAGGUUUACGCAAGCUUAUGUUCCCACAUUCAAUGCGUUGAUAAAACUGAAGUUAAACUAUACAUAUAUUCCGGUGACCAAGAGGGUUAGUGUCACGGUGCCAUUUGUAAAACAAACACCCCUUCCUUCCAAAUGUAAUUGUCCAUUUGAGCAUUGUAUUUGUAAAAAAAAAAACCUGUUUGUUGUGAUUAUUAUAUAACACUAUUUAGCUUACAUGUUAAUGUUUUCCUUUGUGUGUGUAUGUAUGUAUAUGUUCAUGACUGUAAUGAUCAAAAAUGUCCAAAAAUGUAGUCUCUGCCUUGAAAGUUCAUAUCACAAACCCAAAGAAUAUCACGUAUUCAUGUAUCAUAUUUUUAUACCAAUUACCAUUAAAUACAUGUAAUUUACAAAAUGUAAACUUCUGAUGAUUAUUAAAUCUUUCAUCAUUGCCUUUC